AUGAUGAACUUUCUGCGGCGCAGGCUCUCGGACAGCAGCUUCAUCGCCAACCUUCCCAAUGGCUACAUGACCGACCUGCAGCGGCCUGAGCCGCAGCAGCCUCCGCCGCCGCCGCCUUCCGCGGGCUCCCCGGCCCCCGCCUCGGGCUCGCCGGCCGCGGAGCGCCGGCAGCCGCCGCAGCCCGCGCCCCCCCAGCAGCAGCAGCCGCCGCCGCCGCAGCAGUCGGCGGGCAGCAGCUUCUUCAGCUCGCUCUCCAACGCCGUGAAGCAGACGGCGGCCUCGGCCGGGCUGGUGGACGCGUCCGCCGCCGUCUCCGCGGCUGUCGGCAGAAAGUUCAAGCUGCUCCUGGUCAUCGACGAGCCGCACACGGACUGGGCCAAGGCUUUUCGUGGCAAAAAGGUCCAUGGAGAGUAUGACAUAAAGGUGGAGCAGGCAGAAUUUUCAGAGAUCAACUUGAUAGCCCAUGCUGAUGGCAAUUAUGCAGUUGAUAUCCAAGUCAUUCGAAAUGGCACAAAGGUUGUCAGGUCGUUCCGGCCCGACUUCGUGCUGGUGCGGCAGCACUCCUACAGCAUGGCGGAGAACGAGGACUUCCGCAACCUGAUCAUCGGCAUGCAGUACGCCGGCGUGCCCAGCGUCAACUCCCUCGAGUCCAUCUACAACUUCUGCGACAAGCCCUGGGUGUUUGCCCAGCUGGUGUCUGUCUACAAAGCCUUGGGCCCAGAGAAGUUCCCUCUGAUCGAGCAGACGUUCUACCCAAACCACAAGGAGAUGCUGACAAUGCCAACCUUUCCUGUUGUUGUGAAGAUUGGACAUGCUCACUCAGGCAUGGGAAAGAUCAAGGUAGACAACCACUACGAUUUUCAGGACAUAGCCAGCGUGGUAGCACUCACUCAGACCUACGCCACCACUGAGCCCUUCAUAGACUCCAAAUAUGACAUCAGGAUCCAAAAAAUAGGCAGUAACUACAAGGCAUACAUGAGAACUUCCAUAUCCGGGAACUGGAAGACAAACACGGGCUCUGCCAUGCUGGAACAAAUUGCUAUGUCAGAUAAGUACAAGCUUUGGGUUGACACCUGUUCUGAAAUAUUUGGUGGCUUGGACAUCUGUGCUGUUAAAGCUGUCCAUGGGAAGGAUGGAAAAGAUUAUAUUUUUGAGGUGAUGGACUGCGCCAUGCCCCUGAUUGGGGAGCACCAGGCUGAAGACAGGCAGCACAUCACCGAGUUAGUCGUAAGCAAAAUGAACCAAAUGUUGUCCAAAACUCCUAUUCCAUCUCCUCAGAGACCCACUGCCACUCAGCAGCCUCAGAGUGGAUCACUAAAGGAGCCAGAGCCAAACAAAAUCCCACCUCAGCGACCACCACCUCAAGGGGGCCCAGUGCAACCCCAAGGAAUGCAAUCCCAAAGCCAGGAGCCAUUGCAGCCCCAGCGCGUGUUCCCCGCGGGGCAGGCAGCGAAGCCCGCAGCCUCGCAGCCCCAGCGCCCGCCCGGACCCACCACCCAGCAGCCUCGGCCCCAGGCCCAAGGUCCUCCCAGCUCCAGGUUAUCAAAGGAAGCAGAGCCACAGCCACAGCCCCAGCCCGAGCCACAGCCUGCGCCACAGCAGAAGCCUCAGUCGCAUCCGCAGCUUAACAAGUCUCAGUCCUUGACCAACGCCUUCAGCUUCACAGAGUCCUCCUUCUUCAGGUCGUCCGUGAACGAGGACGAGGCCAAAGCUGAGACCAUCCGGAACCUGAGGAAAUCCUUUGCCAGCCUGUUCUCUGAUUAGCCAGCUUCGUGUAGAGUCUGAAUGUCCCAUAGGUUUUGUUCUCCCUGUGCCAGCACCCUUCUCUACUGUGCUCACUGUUGUACCAAGCAAUAUGUCCAACCUACAGAAACACAAAUCAAUAGCAGGAGGACUUUGGUGGGGGAGAUGCCA